UUAAUAUAGAAUCAUUAUCCGCUUACCUUAUUUUGUGGCUAUCUUUCAGAAGAUAACAACAGAAAAACGACACACACGCGCGCACAUUACCAACCACAGUUUUGACCGGCUCUCCUCUUCGUCUUCCAUUUACCCAUAAACUAUUUUAUGCAAUAAAUAAAAUAAAAGCAUUGCCCUCUCACCCCUCUCUAAAGCCACCCUUAUUUCCGCUCCCUCCGCCGGUUAGUCCCUAUACUCUGUACCACGCGCCACCGUGCUUUAUACCUGAAUCUAAACUCAUCUUUUUGGGACCCACACGAAGAUUUGUUCUUAUCCUGUAACCUUAAAUAAGCAUGUGUAUCAGUGCAUGGUACGUGUGUCUAGCAGUCAUUCCUUACAAGCAACUAAGUAAAGUGUAGUCAGCUUUUUUUGAUCCCCUACCUUAAACCCAUCCCCCGCCGCCAUGCAAGCCACUAUUCUAACCUUACGCGCCACUGUAAUCCCCACGAAUAAACCACUCACCCCUCCUCCAAACCGCCGCCGAUGUCUUUUCAUAACGGCACAAUCCCAAGCAGCCGUAACACCCGACCCUCCCUCUCCACCCACAGUAAAACUCAACAAAUAUAGCUCAAGAGUAACGGAACCGAAGUCACAAGGCGGGUCCCAGGCGAUGCUAUACGGGGUAGGAUUAUCAGAAGACGACAUGUCGAAACCCCAAGUGGGAAUUUCGUCGGUGUGGUACGAGGGGAACCCGUGCAACAUGCAUUUGUUGAAGCUGUCGGACGAGGUGAAACGGGGUGUUGAGGACGCUGGGAUGGUUGGGUUUAGAUUCAAUACGGUCGGAGUAAGCGAUGCGAUUUCGAUGGGGACGAGGGGAAUGAGCUUCAGUUUGCAGUCAAGGGAUUUGAUUGCUGAUAGUAUUGAAACGGUUAUGGGUGCUCAGUGGUAUGAUGGCAAUAUCUCUAUUCCCGGUUGUGAUAAAAAUAUGCCAGGUACACUUAUUGCAAUGGGGAGGCUCAAUCGGCCAAGUCUUAUGGUUUAUGGUGGAACUAUCAAGCCUGGUCAUUUUCAAGGCAAUACAUAUGAUAUAAUAUCUGCCUUCCAGUGUUAUGGAGAGUAUGUUAGUGGAUCAAUAAGUGACGAGCAGAGAAUGAAUGUUGUCCGUAACUCAUGCCCUGGAGCUGGGGCCUGUGGGGGAAUGUAUACUGCAAAUACAAUGGCUUCAGCAAUUGAAGCUAUGGGAAUGUCUCUUCCUUACAGCUCUUCAAUACCUGCUGAAGACCCAUUGAAAUUGGAUGAAUGUCGUUUGGCUGGAAAGUAUUUGCUUGAAUUGUUGAAAAUGGAUUUAAAACCCCGAGACAUUAUCACCCGCAAAUCUUUACAUAAUGCAAUGGUUAUUGUCAUGGCCCUAGGUGGGUCAACCAAUGCCGUAUUGCAUUUAAUUGCUAUAGCUAGGUCUGUUGGUCUUGAAUUGACUCUUGAUGAUUUUCAGAAGGUUAGUGAUGAAGUUCCAUUUCUGGCUGAUCUGAAGCCCAGCGGGAAAUAUGUCAUGGAAGAUGUGCAUAAGAUUGGAGGAACACCUGCUGUUAUUCGUUAUCUUUUGGAGUUUGGGUAUCUAGAUGGGGAUUGCAUGACUGUGACUGGGAGGACAUUGGCAGAAAACGCAAAAAGUUAUCCUUGUUUACCCGAGGGGCAGGAUAUCCUAAAACCGGUGUCAAAUCCUAUCAAGAAAACGGGGCACAUCCAAAUAUUAAGAGGGAAUCUUGCACCAGAGGGUUCUGUAGCAAAAAUUACAGGAAAAGAAGGACUAUAUUUCUCUGGUCCUGCACUUGUCUUUGAAGGAGAGGAAGCUAUGCUAGCAGCUAUCUCAGAGAAUCCUAUGAGUUUUAAGGGAAAAGUAGUAGUCAUUAGAGGGGAGGGACCCAAGGGGGGCCCAGGCAUGCCUGAAAUGUUGACACCAACUAGUGCAAUAAUGGGAGCAGGUCUCGGAAAGGAUGUUGCAUUGCUCACUGAUGGUAGAUUUUCCGGAGGUUCACAUGGAUUCGUUGUAGGCCAUGUUUGCCCUGAAGCACAGGAGGGUGGCCCCAUUGGUCUAAUCCAGAAUGGGGACGUCAUCAGCAUUGAUGUUCAGAAGAGGACCAUUAAUGUUCAGCUGAUGGAUGAUGAACUAAAUGAGCGAAGAAAGACAUGGACUCCACCUCCUUACAAGGCUAACAGAGGAACUUUGCAUAAGUACAUCAAGAAUGUGCAAUCGGCUUCCAUGGGAUGUGUUACAGACGAAUAAGCAAUAGCCAAAAUGAUAAACUGGGAAAGAUUAUAGAGUGAAAAUAGGCUUGAAUCCGUGCUCACUCCAUUGUGAUGCACGAGGUCUUUUUGCAGCUCAGGCCUGGUUUAAACUUCUUGCUACAAAUUUUUAGGUUUAAUGUUAAUUGGUUUAAACUUUCUGAGUUGGAUGUUUGAUAUAGGCCUUUGUUAUUUUUUUAUCUCAUGCGACGUUUACGAUUUCUGAUGAUGUUGCCUGUGUGUAGAUCUUGUGAGGGAGUUAAGUUGGGGUUUUACCCAUUUUCACUUUUAGACAAUGUUAUUUGAACUGACCGGACUGGACUAGCCAGUUGAAUCAGGAAUCAGCCAGUGUACCAAGGCUUUGAAUCAAUUGACUGGAGAACCGGUAAGAAUUGAUUGAAUUGGGUAAAAA